AUGCGGUUGUUUGGUAGUCUAUGCUACGCGCACGUGGCCAAGGCAAAGAGAGCCAAGUUAGACGACUCAGGUGUGCGCUGUUUGCUACUCGGCUACUCUAAACAGCACAAGACCUAUCGACUUCUAAAUGCAAGCACAGGGGAUGUGGUGAUAUCUCGCAGCGCGACUUCCGCCGAGCAUGCGAUAGUAAAAGCAAGCAGAAACAUCACACCCGAUGGGAUCGACUUUUGGAUGACGAAGAUUAUGUGCAAGAGCCUACAGACGCAGCAAUGGAUGAUGAAAUUCACACCCCAACACCCGGAAGUCCAAGUGUCACCCAUGUCAACACGGGACCGACCGAACGACCUUCUGGAUCCGUCCCAACGCGACAAUCGAGUACACCGGGGCGUGACGGUGAACCAGAGCCACAUGUGCGUCCAGUGCGAAAGAAACAGGCGGUUACUCGCUACGAGCAGGAGUUUCCAAACCCUGCAGCGCGGUGUAUUUAAUCUCGAUGACUAUGAAGCUGGCUACGACGCACAAUACUGCCUUAGCGCAGAUGAUGACGGCUAG